CUUUCGAGAACCACAGCUCUCUUGGUCAGAUGCAUGUGUUUAUCUCAAGAUUUUGCCUGAGGUAACAUUUGAAGUGAAUUUGAAGGUUCCAUUCCUGCCAAGUAACUGGAAGGAUGUUGAGGGAAGAUGAAGGAUGGGUGAUACUUUCUCAGGAGGGGUUUUCCAUAUCUUUAUUUUUUAAAAGUUUUUGUUCCUUGCUUUCUGCCAAUAGCACUGGUUAUUGCCAAGGCCUGUGGCCCUAGAGCAGAUUUCUAAAUGAAGGAAGGCAGGAGUGGUGAUUUAAGAUAUGUCCCCAAAGCAAAGCAGGGUGAGGAAUUUCCCCUCCCGCUGUCCCUUUACUGACCCAUUGUGUCAUUCUCUCCUUGAAGAGGACAAUGGGAUCCUACCCAGAACUGGUUUUGUUUUCCUUAUGAAAUAGGACAGAACAAAUGUCCUAACUGGCUGUUGAUAUAAACUAGGAAGAGAUGACAAAAUUGAGUAAUGGUGAUAUCUCAACUACAGUAUAAAAAGGAAGAUCCAUAGACUGAGACUCCAAAGCUGUGGCGAACGGACUGUGCAUCAGCUAACUCCUCAGCAGCAGCAGCUCAAAGGUCUUGGCAGAAUACAUUCUUCAGCAGUUUCCUCCUCUAGGACACAGUUUUGUGCAUCUUCCAUUGUGCACCAUGCAGUUUCUUCUGUGCUGUUGCCUCAUUGCAGCUCUUCUAGCUACAGGCACCUGUCUCAAGUGUGAGGUUUGCAAUGGACUGGGGACCACCUGUAGAGGGGCCAUGAGGACUUGCAGUGUUGGUGAAGAUACCUGUGUUGUCGAGCAUGUGGAGAUUUUGCAAUCCAAACAGCUGUUCCAAUUACUUGGAAGACAAUUGCUAAAGACUGUUAUAAUUCCAUUGUCUGAGGUAAAUCUGGGAAAUGGGAUGCGAGUGAGAAUGAGAAGGGUUUGCUGCACUGGGGCUUCAUGUCGAACAGCUUCCCCUCCAGCACUUCCACCUCCGGAUGUCAUUCCCAAUGGACUCCAGUGUCCUGGAUGCAUGGGACUGUAUUCAACCGAAUGUCAGGAACAACCAGUUGCCUGCAUGGGAUCCCAGAACAAGUGCAUCGAAACAGCUGGGAACAUAACAAACUAUGGAGUUCACUUGGAUGUUGCCUUGAAAGGCUGUGCUAAUGAAGUUGUUUGCGAAUAUUUGAAACCGGGCUUCAUGAACUUUGGAGGAUCAAGUGUUUGGCUGACUAAGGCUUCCUGCACCACAGCUCCAUAAUCAAACAAUUCAUUCAUACCAGAAUUUAAGUACCACAUCAAAACUUUUCCAACUGAAUGGGCCUCCCUUUCUUACCAGAAAUUGUCCCCAUUGAAAAUGUAUCAUUCUAGGGUGGUUGGCUCCCCCAGCAAUCAACUUUCUUCAAACUCGAUUCAAUAAAACAGUUAU